UUUGGACGGUGCAGCGGUUUGAUACUGCUAUUGAGGACUACGACACUUCGCAUCGCACGGGUUUCGGGAUUUGAGUGACGGCAAGGAUGGUUUUGUCAAAGGAGCAGGCGCAGACGAGAUUCCUCGCCAUCGUCCUCCCCACCCUAACACUCUGCACACACACGCUUCUCGCGUUCUCCUUCGCGCUGCCAGGCAGCGAGCAAUACCGCGCAUUCUGGUCGCUCGUGUACAACUCGCUCGCCGCGUGUGCAAGCAUACUGGGCCUGAUCGGUGCAGUCAGGUUGAUUCCGAGUUUCGUGUCAGCUUACACGUUCGUCCACACGACCGCUUUAUCCUUCGUAACGCUCGCCCUCGUAAACAUCAUUGUUCCGUUCGACGCUGGGUUUCUGAAUCCGGUCAUUCCGAGUUGGCAUGUAGACGAGAGCGCGAUAUGCAGAGACAUUGAUGCGGGGUUCGGCUGGGACGAGGAGUGGUUGGUCAAGUGCUCGAAGCACUUUUACACACGUAAUGCUAGUCGUUGCGUGGAGCGGGUUGCUCCUGAUGUUUGCGCAAUGGUGGGCACUAUGGACCGUUCGGCGAUGGGGCAAGGAACUGAAGUUCCAGAGAUUGAGGGCCAAAGCGGAUGUCGAGAAGCUGGGCUUGCUGGACGCAAAGAACGAUUUUACGAGGGACGAAAAGACACGAGUCUAGGGAUGGAAUAUAAAUGAAACUGAGGCAUGAUCACAGCCAUGGACUGCUC